AUGGGAGAUGGCUGCAGCUCGCGCAUUUCGCUGCUCCGUUCGCUUGCCAAUCGUGAGCGUCAAAUUAUCUCAGAAACAUCGACUUCUUUACCUAUAGGACCGUGCCUUGUGACACUACAGGAGAGAGAUAGUGAGGCAGUAUGGAUAGUGACCUCAGGUGCUAAACUUUCACUUGGUCUUGAUACUGUAUGCCUUGCAGUUGCACUGCUCGAUCGAGUCCUUUUAGCCACACGUGUUCCUAUAAAAUACGUAAAUUGUGUCGCGGCGACAUGCUUGUAUAUAUCGAUAAAGCUUUGCGAGGAAUGUGUAUGCGUUUCGGAUGCGGGUCGUCUCAUAUCGCGUUUACAACUCCCGUACAGCAUCCCUGAACUCAAUCGCAUGGAACUCACCAUACUGUCACGCCUUAAUUGGAACCUCGGUGUGCCUAGCGUGGAUCGUUUUAUGCACGCGAUGCUGGGCUGCAUGGGUUCCGCAUUCCUGCCAGUCUUUCGUGUGCCCAUCGAGAGCGCGAUCUGUUGUUCGACGGUCUCAUACAAGUUUCGUCCUUCGCUCCUCGCGUUGUCUCUUCUUUCAUUGAUUCUCGAGAUGCGAACACCCGCAUGGUUCCCUGUCACCGUCAGCUUUCAGCGAUUGCUUCAGAUAGAUGACAAUGAACUAAUCGAAUGUCGCGAGACAAUAGCCACAUUGCUAUGCCCCGAGGACAAGGAGAAUGGCUGUGCGCGAAUGCAGCAGCAGAAACGUAUUCGCGGUGCGAAACGUAAGGCGUCGGUUGAGGUUGAAGAUGACAGUGAUCAUGAUCUCGAUCAUGAACAACAACAUUGUUUGCUGCCCUUGCCCGAGGUAACCCUACCACUAUGUGCUCAGCAGGACUGA